CUGGAGUUUAGUUUGCACAAGUACGCCCUAAGGCCUGCAUACACGCGGCUAUCGCCGAGACACGCGGGUGUGUAGUUGUUAAAGCGAUCCUGACAAAGGGCUUCGCCGCGUGGAAUCGCGGCCAGUCAACAUUUCGCGAGUUUGCUUUGCGUCCACUUCUCGGCUGGCGGUUUCUUCUCUUUUGUUUCUUUUCGCCGUCGUCAUCAUCGCUGCCGCUGAUCGACUUGUCACAGACCCUGGUGCCGUUUUCUUGUUCUCUUUUCUCCGCGCGCGUCGUCGUCGUGAAAUGGGUUCCAGCGAGAUUCUCGACGUGUUGUUUUUUGUAUCAAUCGCACGGCGCGGCCAUAUGCAUUCCGGUGCAGCAGUUCGAUCCCGGUGCUACUGGCGCGCGUUGAUUGUUUAGCGGAAUCGCUCGUCGUCGUUGUUUUCGCCUUCUGACGUUGGUUUUUUUGUUGUCAUUGUCCCAAAGUCCUGACGUGUGAGUCGAGUGUGGAAAUCGUGAGAAAAUUGAUUUUUUUUUUCGUCAAACUGCGUCCCUCCAUAUCUUCUGGAUCUACUGCUGCCGUUUCUCGCGUGAAGAAUCUUUUACUUGUUUUCGUGACAUGUUUGCCAUGCUGAGUGGUGAAGUCAUGCUGUCAAGAAAUUUUAACGCGGUGUGACUAUUCUGGAAGAUCAAAAUAAAAAAUAAAAACACAUCUAUCUAAAAAAAAACAAGUUGAGAGAAGAAGAUUCUCAGAACGGUCUCAAAAUUGAUACCUCAAAUCCCCUACGCCUGAGUGGUGGCUUUCGAGCAACAGAAGCAAUAGCCAGGCAGGAAGAAGCAAGUGGUACCAGUGCUAAUCUCGGAAGCAUAAUCAGUGAACAGAUAAGUGAAUUUCGGAACAGGCUGGCAACGGCCGCAAUGCUGCUAGGAACGCAGAAUCCGGCGGCAAUGGCGGCGGCAGCGGCAGCAGCAGCUGCUGCCAUAGCUGCCUCCAAGGGGGGUGCCAAUGGGGGCACUGGUACAGGGUUGGGUUCCGGUUCCGGUGUCGGUGGUGGUGCGACGGACUUUUCGAUAGCAGCCAUAAUGGCGCGAGGGGCAGCCGCGGCAGCAGCAGCGGCCGUAUCGGUAAAUGCACGAGCUAACGGAAGUGCCGGCGGUGGGAGCUCCAGUCGAGAGCCAUCGGAGCGUAGCAUAAGUCCUAUCUCGGUCGAUCGAUUCCCGGAAGGGGACGAUGACGUCGAUGUUGAUGUCGAACAGUGCAGUGAUUCGGAAGCGCCUUCGCGGGGCUCCAACCGAGCGUCGCAGUCGCGGGCCACGGGGACACCGUCGGACGAGGAACGUCUGACGCCGGAACCUGCCACGACCAAAAACAACAUCGUUGGCACUUGCAAUUCGGAUGACCUUCGUCCAGUGCAGUGUCAUCUGGAAACGAAAGAAUUAUGGGAUAAGUUUCACGAUCUUGGAACGGAGAUGAUAAUCACCAAAACGGGACGACGAAUGUUUCCGACGGUGCGCGUUUCAUUUUCCGGCCCUCUGAGGCAGGUCACCCCGGCCGAUCGGUAUGUCGUCCUGAUGGACAUCGUGCCGCUCGAUAAUCGACGCUAUCGCUAUGCGUACCAUCGAUCUUCCUGGCUGGUGGCAGGAAAGGCAGAUCCUCCACCGCCGCCCCGGCUGUACGCCCAUCCGGAUACGCCACUCGGUGCGGAAGCCUUGAGGAAACAGGUCAUCUCGUUCGAGAAGGUUAAGCUGACCAACAACGAGAUGGAUAAGAAUGGUCAAGUAAGUAUCGUUCUAAACUCGAUGCAUCGGUAUCAGCCGCGAAUUCACUUGGUUCGCCUCGGACCCGGCCAGCAGAUGCCUAGCAGUCCGAAAGACCUGCAGGACGUAGACCACAAGUCGUACGUCUUUCCGGAGACGGUUUUCACGGCCGUGACUGCCUACCAGAAUCAGCUCAUCACCAAGCUCAAAAUCGAUUCCAAUCCAUUCGCCAAAGGAUUCCGGGAUUCGUCCCGGUUGACGGAUUUUGACAGUUUCCCCAGCAUAGACCCCAUGGAAGCCCUCCUGCUCGAGCAACACCUCCGGGCACCCCUUCGCCUAUUUCCCGAUCCCCUGCUAGCCCAGUUUGCCGCCGCUCCUGGACAAGAAAUGGACGGAGCCCAUGUAGCCCUGCUGGAGAAAGCUCGCCAACACCUGCAGAUGUGGGGUCGCUCCCCCUACAACGAUCUCCUACUGCCGCAGAUGUACCAACGACCGCCGCAGAUGAAUCUCGGCAGCUUCUGGCAAGGUCAACCUUGGCCCCAGCAGAUUCCACCAGCUGCAUUCCUACAAAGUGCUGCAGCGGCAGCCGCCGCAUCCGUAUCGUCAGCUUCAACUCCACCACCUCCGCUGGCACAUUCGACGGUUUCUACGCCCUCGUCCAGCUCGGGGUCUCCCUCGCCGUCGGACAUGCGAGCCAAACACUUCGGUAGUCGGUUCAGCCCGUACCAGAUACCGCCACAGCACGUGUCCGCGGCGCUCAGCCAACCACAGCAGCCACCUGCUUCGCCACGGACUUCACCGAAUUAAAAUAGGAAUAGUUUCUGUUUCGAAUCCUUGUGUAAAUAAGAUCCAGUUCUGUCGAUCGCUGUUAUUUAUUUAGUUUCUUUUAUUCUAUGUUGACACGAAUCUCUGCCGCAAGUCGAUGGGUGCGCGUUCAAAUUGUUGUUCGAUUUAUUGAAAGUGUAAUUUAUUUUUAGUUCAUUUUAAACCUAGGCAACUGAUUGAUGGUACUAUUAUCUAGCAACUAGCGAAACGUGAUUGAAAAUGGCACACCAGUUGUGAUGCAAAACCCACUAAUGAUCGAAUUUUCAUGUACAUAACUGAGCGGGAAAUAAAUCAUGCUAUGAGUUCAAUAUUUUA